GCCUCUCGCUCUCUCCGUGCCCCUCUCAUUUAUUCUGUGCCCCGGAGAAUUCCUCAUCCAAACCUCAAUCACGUAUGAUUGCGUAGAGUGAGAGAGAUCGAAAGGUGAGCCCAUUCACGCUUGACUGUUCGGCGAUAGCACACGCCACACAUCCAUACGGAACGCAUUGGAAAUACUCCUUUAGGCUACACCAUAUGGUUUUGUGGGCAAUAAGAAAAAAAACGCGUCUGGGGAAAUCUUUAUAGCCUACCUACGGACAAUAAUAACAACAAAACGCAUAUUUGUUUUCUCUCAUCGUAAAAGCCCAAAUCACCAUGUUGCUGCUGCAUUCUCGCAGACCAUUGUCUUUCCCCGACAGUGCUCGCGGUGUCUGCUACUGGUAGAGGUGCUGGCGCGCUGGCACAAAUGCCCGUAGUCCUCGAGAGCGAGUGGGGCAGCCAAACAGACAGUCGCCUAGCUCUCGUCGCCUCUCGAUUCGGCGUUGUAUUUGGCUUAUGGCUUAAUACGUUGAAAAGUUACGAGGCGUUGCAUUAACGCAGCUGUUGAUGAAAUUGUUUACAGUGGAGUUUAAGGUGUCUCGAAUGCAUUACGGUGCUGGAUAUUUUGCCACUUACCGACUUUCCGUGCACAUGAGGAUUGCACAGAGUCGAUCUUGUCAGACUUGGCGCCAUUCAACUGGAAUACCUGAGACUCAAUUGUGUGCACGCACGCACGCUCCGACAACACACAAACUUAUUUACCACUGUUGUGACAUUUUUUUUGAAUAGCCUACAUUUUGUAGCCAUGCUUUUAUCCGUGCGUAAAUUUGCGGCAUAUGUUUUAUGAGUCAUUGGUAUUUGACGCUUUCCCUGCAAGGAAUUUGUGACUGGUAUCGUUCCCCAGGAUGCAGUAUGGAUGCCCGAUGAUGCGCGGGACUUGGUGGAUUUUCUAAAGGGGAUCGGAAUGACAUUUGAGUAAACCCCCGUGGACCGUAAAUUCGAUUUUCUCCACCCGGUUCCUUUUGCACCAAACAGCCGCACACAACUCGACAUCUGUCCAACGAUUCUGGGCUCGGUUUCGGUUCGGCUCGCCCGCGAGGGAGAUGGCCGCAAUCGCCAGCUCCUUGAUCCGACAGAAACGCCAGGCGAGGGAGUCAAACAGUGACCGGGUCUCCACUACUAAACGGCGCCCCAGCCCCAGCAAAGACCCACGUUCCAUAUGCGAGCGGCAUUUCUUGGGGGUCUUCAGCAAAGUCCGUUUCUGCAGUGGCAAGAAAAGACCAGCCGCUCGAAGGCGACCAGAUGCACCCUCCAAACCUCCACAGGUGUCCCGUAAGGGCGGCAGGCUAGAGCCGCAGCUGAAAGGCAUCGUGACACGAUUGUUCAGCCAGCAGGGCUUCUACCUGCAGAUGCAGCCGGAUGGCUCUAUCGAUGGCAGCAAGGACGAGAACAGCGACUACACACUGUUUAAUCUAAUUCCUGUGGGUCUGAGGGUGGUGGCCAUCCAAGGGGUGAAGGCUGGCCUCUACAUUGGAAUGAACGGAGAAGGAUUCCUCUACAGCUCAGAAAUGUUCACGCCGGAGUGCAAGUUUAAGGAGUCGGUGUUUGAGAAUUACUACGUGAUCUACUCGUCCACUGUGUACCGGCAGCAGGAGUCCGGUCGGGCCUGGUUUCUAGGCCUUACCAAGGAAGGCCAGGUCAUGAAGGGGAACAGGGUCAAGAAAACCAAGCCCUCCUCACACUUUGUCCCCAGGCCCAUUGAAGUGUGUAUGUACAGGGAGCCGUCGCUGCAUGAGAUUGAGGAGAAACAGCGCUCCAGGAAGAGCUCAGGGACUCCCACCAUGAACGGAGGGAAAGCUGUCAACCAGAACUCCUAGCAGCAGGGCCCCAAGGGUGGGGGGCCCGGGUCCCCCCUCUCUUAAAUAGAGGGGAGAGAGGCUACAGACCCCCUCACCAACAUGCCCUCUGAAGGGAUGGGCCGCCAUGAGGGGGAGGAGCUACACCCAAGAUGACAAAAAACUGAACUCUCGCCUGUGAAAAUCUUUUAGACGAAUAUCAAGAUAAACCCAGAGGAAAACAACAACAAAAAACAACAAAAAACAUUUUCAAUCAGGAGUUGACCUACGUUUUAUGCAAAAAAGAAAAAAAAGCUGUGACAAAGGAAUGGUGGUCUCUUCACAAUACAAAUAUCUAUCGUUUCCAAUUUAAGCUGUGAAAAAUUAGCUUUAAAGACAUGUUUAAUUUCCCAUGCAUUGAUUUUAUGAAUGCUAUGGCACCCUCACAUGCUUAAUUGUGUUACUGUUGUCCAAUAAUAACAAUAUUACUUAUGUGUUGAUAACUCUUCAUCCCAAUUUAGUAUCAUGGGUAUUCCGUUUUUCGUUUGAGACUGUAGACGUGAAAAAUUGUUGGUAUUUUUUUAUUGCUUGACAUUGACUGCACUUUCACACUGCAUACACUGGUGUGAGGGUAAAGAAUGAAUAUAUAUGAGAAGUCGCUGGUGGGCUCGGUAGGAACAGGAAUGGGUGAGUGGGAUGGCUUUUGCUCAGGUGAUGUACUGUCGGAGUGGAAUAUCUCCUAUCUCCACAUACUCUUUGAUAUGACAGGACUAGACAACUAAAAUCAAUAUGGCGGCUACUCCACCAAGCCUCAUAGUAGUCCUCUAGCAUAUUAUGGUGCGUUCGAGUGCGGAUGGAAAUUUGGAAAUACAAGUUCCCGACCCAGAAAUAAGGAUUGAACGACCAUCAAAGUCUGAGUUCCAAGUGGGAAACACGGUCCAGAAUGAAGAUACUGAAGUUUACGAGGUGUGACCUUUCACCUUUUUCGACCACUAGACGAUAAAAGAAAGCCAUUUACAACCUUAACCAUCUGAUUAAUGUAGCUCGGUGGAUCCAUACAGUAUAUAGUUUGACAUAUUGUCAACAUAAGCAACGUUAGCUAGAUUAGCCAUCUAGCAAGAAUGUCAUUGGUUGAAGAGUUAUUCUGACUUCAAAAGCACUUGAAAGCACUCAUGUUGUAUAUACAACUUCACCAACUGGGAAAUAUUUGAUUCCGAGGACCGUUCGAACGCACCAUUACUCUCAAUGAUCCAGUCCUGUGAACUUAAUGGUCAAGAGGGAAAGGAUAGCCUUGUAGUAGUAUGAAUAAUCUGGCAAAGUGGGUAUAGCCAGGAGGAAAAAAGACUGAUAGAGCUUCUGGUUGUUUUUGUUUGGUGUGCCAGUACUAAUAAGGGCAUUUCUUUCUAAUAAGGUCUGGGUUGGCCAAUCCUGGGGGGAAAUGCAAUAUUCUCUCCAGAAAAGGAAACUUGGCUAGCAUCCGCCAAUCAAGGAUUCUUUCAUGAACAGGUCUACUUCACCUCUUUAUGAGCUUUGACAAGACUUUCUUCGAAGUGCGUCAGAGAAUGCUUUUAGUCGGUACAAAUAAAUCAUGAAAAUAUCCUUGGGAAGGCACGUUGUUGUGGCUUGUGUAAGGGCUCAGCAGACUCAGGCUGCUUGGGGCUAAGGUGAUUGUGAAAGCUAUCCAAGUCCCAAUACUCUUAAGAAGCUUCCGCUCCUUGUGUCUUUAUCUUUGUUAUCAGUGCACUGAGCAGACUAGAAAUGUCACAAUAAUCGGUUGAUGGGGUGUAGCGCAUUCAUUUGAUGUAAUUAGUCUCUUUAUAUCUGUGGCCAAUGAGGGAAAAGAAACUAAGUUUUAAGGUACUUUUCGACAAAGCCCCUGUGAGCUCCUCCUCUUCCAUCAAUACCCUUUCUCCUACGACACUGUAAUCAAUAAUAACCUAGCACAAUGCAACGGGAAGGAGCCCAGUCAUCCAAAACCAACAAAAACAAAAUGUGGAUGCCGGAAGGUUCUUUUGCCCUGAGAGUCUGUAAAUAUUUCACUUUUUUUGUACUUACAGGCUGGCAUCCCAAUGGCUUCCAUCUCAGUAGGUUUUGUGAGCCAUGAAAUGAGCCGAUUGCUGUAUUGUGGAAAUGAGCCCCCGCCAUUUCAUAAAUCAAAUGUAGGAGAGUGGCUGUAUAUAUGAAGAGUAAAAAGGCUGGUUAAACCAGCAGGGAAGGCAGGGAGGAAUCUCCCCCAUCACCAAGAUGGAGAAGUCACCAUGUCCACUGAUCCUAUUGUUCGCCUAACUCAGGAAGUCCCACUCCAGUCUUAUGAACGGAGUCUGACAACAAGGCGGGCCACCCUUGCCCAGCACCUAAUGCACAAAGCCUGGCCAAAGGUGUGGUCUUGGGGGGGUUGGGUCAGGGGUGUUGGUGGCAGAGUGGGGGGUCUGGAAGUCUUGGGAUCUGGCCAGGGCAUGAGAUAGGGGAUGUCAGGGUGUCAUGUCAGACACUUCCUCAUUUAACUGCGGCAGGUAAUGGCAGAAGACCAGCACAAGUCUUCCACUGGGAUCAGGAGAGAGCUGGGCUCAGUUCUGCAGUAGUUGCUCCAGUUUAAAUAGCCCAAAGGCACAGAUCUAGUAAUCGGCUUACUCUUCCUCAGUUAUAACCUUAACCAUUAGGGGAUAGGGACGCAAAACUGACCUUGGAUCAGCAUCAACUUCAUACUACUCGGAAGGAUGUACUUUACAUAACCUGCUGGCAGAGAAAAGAAGGGAAGAUAGAAAUGAGAGGUUAAGAAUAGGGAGUGAGAGUAAAAUAGGGGAUAUGCGAGUGAACUAAGAGAGCACUUUUGGGGGACAAAAUGAAAAUGCCAGGGGCUCAAUACUGUGUGAAGAGAUAUUAUAUUUAUGUUUAAGUUUGCAAAUUAUUUCACCGUAAAUGAAACACAGGCAUAUAUGCAUUAUGAAUUGUGAGAUGAAAAAAAAAAUGCAUUGAUAUUUAAAAAUCAGAAUGAAGUUAGUGAUUGUUUAAGAAUAAAAAAUACAUUAUCAAAAGCUUUCACUUAUUUAUUGUACCGCUGUGUUCUUGUUGAUAGCCUUGUGCACUGUAUUCUUCCCCAAAAAGAUGACAACAACCCCAAAAAGACUCGAUUUCAUGUAGAGUAUAACUUCUUCUACCCUCUCUCCCAGAUUUCAUGUAGAGUAUAACUUCUUCUACCCUCUCUCCCAGAUUUCAUAUA